CUGCUGUGGUUUCCAAGCAAGCCUGCCUCUUUGAAAACAACAUCAUUUCCCGGGUGCCACUCAUUCCUGCAACCUGACCAACGACCUCCUCUCCGCUGCUUCCACAUCACCGAAGAGUACGUGCCCUUCCAGCGAUUUUGCGCCCUUUUUGAUGCGGAAUUUCAGCCUCCUGGCUGCUACAUCCUUCCCCGCUCCCUGCGCAAAAGCUGAAGCUAACGAGGGCUGCCCAGACCCCAUUUUCCUCGAAUCUUCCAUUAAUCGUCGCAACCACACAUCAUGGCUCAGGCACAACAGAUCCCGACCUUCAAGUUGGUCCUUGUUGGUGAUGGCGGUACCGGCAAGACCACCUUCGUCAAGCGCCACUUGACGGGCGAGUUCGAGAAGAAGUACAUGGCCACGCUGGGUGUCGAAGUCCACCCUCUCGGCUUUACCACCAACUUCGGCCAGAUCCAGUUCGACGUGUGGGAUACUGCCGGCCAGGAGAAGUUCGGUGGCCUCCGCGAUGGCUACUACAUCAACGGCCAGUGCGGCAUCAUCAUGUUCGAUGUCACAUCCCGCAUCACAUACAAGAACGUUCCCAACUGGCACCGUGAUCUCACCCGUGUUUGCGAGAACAUCCCCAUCGUUCUGUGUGGCAACAAAGUCGAUGUCAAGGAGCGCAAGGUGAAGGCCAAGACCAUCACCUUCCACCGGAAAAAGAACCUGCAGUACUACGACAUCUCGGCAAAGUCCAACUACAACUUCGAGAAGCCAUUCCUGUGGCUCGCCCGCAAGCUUGUCGGAAACCCUGCUCUGGAGUUCGUUGCCGCCCCUGCGCUGGCCCCCGCCGAGGUGCAGCUUGACAAGAACCUCCUGGCUCAGUACGAGGCCGAGAUCCAGGAGGCGGCUAACGCGCCCCUGCCGGAUGACGAUGACGACCUCUGAGCGGCUCAACCGGAGACCUCGGUCGGGGAGGUUGACGGUGUUCAGGAGUGGUAAUGCCCGUUAUGAAAGGAUAAGGCGCAUCCUCCCGCGCGUGCGCACGCACAUAUGGCAGCACAGGGCAUUUGGGGCGGGACAUGAGGGGACUCAUAUUGGAGGGUUGGGAAGAAGACGUGGAUUGGGAUUUUCUGCUGGGAAAGAACGGAGUGCAGAGCGGGCGGCCAAUAUCGUUUUUCUUCGUUUGGUCUGGCCCCAGAAUCGGCUCAACCAGACACGCAAGCUAGAUCUGAACAACAAUGCUGCAUCAGCGGCGCUAGGUAGAUCAAACU